AACUUUUCAUUCCAACAAUUUGCAACAUGAUGAGAUUCGCAGUGAUCGUCGCCUGUGUGGCAGUAGCCAGCGCACUGAAGUGGGAGGACUGUGGCAGUGCCGACAAAGCUAUCUCUGUUAGCAAAGUUGAGGUCACCCCAAGCCCAGUGGUCAUCCCAGGCAACCUGAGACUUAGUCUUGAGGGAGAAAUCAAGAGACAGCUCGGAGACAAGCAGUUGGACGCCGACCUUAUCAUCCGCAAAUCUCUCUUCGGAAUCAUGGUUGACAUUCCCUGUGUUGAUGGAAUCGGAUCAUGCUCAUACCAAGAUGUCUGCAGCCUGGUAAAUGACCUUGUAACUGCUGAAGGCGCAGAGUGCCCAGCUGAGGUUACCCAGUUCCUUGGAGGAUGCUCUUGCCCAUUCAAGGCCAGACAGAUCAGUGUACCAGGUAUUGAUAUUGAACUCCCAGCUUUAGAUGGCAUUCUUGGAGGACUAAUUGCUGGAGAUAUUGAGGUUGAAGCAAGAAUGAAGGAGGCUGAUGGAGGCGAGGUUGGUUGCUUGAAGGCUAGCUUCUCCAUUGAUGCCUAAACAUGCUGUUCUGAAUAUGUUACCAUCUAGAUCUGUACAAGUCAACACCACAAAGCAAUGUGUUUAAAGUUUUGUUUCAAUAAAUAUAUCCUACUUCCAUAGUAAAUACAAA